CAAGUCUGGAACAUUAUUUGUGAAAAUGGCUCAAUUUUUUGGAGUGCUGUUUUUGACAUUGUGUCUAGUAUAUUUUUCUGAAAGCGCGCCUGUCCAAGACAAGGAUUUUGCGUUAAAAUAUCUCAUGAAGUAUAAAUACUUGCCAAUCGGCAGAGCCACUGGUGCGGACGUCGGUGAAGGAAUAAAACGUUUCCAGCAAUUUUUCGGCUUACCUGUCAGCGGUCUUUUAGAUAAGGCAACCAAGGAUCUGAUGAAAAAACCUCGCUGUGGAAACGGGGAUCUGGUACAAGUAAACAUGAAUGGCCAAACAAAGCGCUAUGUCACAGCAAGUCCUUGGUCAAAAACACAUCUAACGUACAGAUUUAUAAACCACGGUCAAGACUUGCACUGGAUGAAAGUAGAAGAAAUAGUUGCAGAAGCUUUUACUUUCUGGAGCAGAGUGUCUGGGCUCACUUUCUCUAAAUCAGCUACAAACUCUGCUGAUAUAAAUAUCCUAUUUGGCCGUUACAAUCAUGGUGAUUAUUAUCCCUUCGAUGGUCCAGGUGGCACCUUGGCGCAUGCGUUCUUCCCCUCAGAUGGUCGAGUACAUUUUGAUGAAGACGAGACGUACACUCAUCAGACAUCUUCUGGUACUAAUCUCCUGUGGGUGACUGUGCAUGAGCUGGGUCAUGCUUUGGGUCUUCAUCAUACUAAUAUUUAUGGUGCGGUCAUGUAUCCGUAUUACCAGGGAUAUAAACCAGACAUGCAGCUACACGAAGAUGACAUCCAAGGCAUUCAAUCUUUGUAUCCUCCCACUGGGCCAGUUACAGAUCCACCAGCAACAAAUCCGCCAGUUCCACCAAGCACCCAGAAACCUACAACUCCAGUUCGUCCACAAACUACCCAGACAGACUGCAAGGACAGGAUAUCGUAUUGUAGUGAUCUUUUGGCGGCUGAUUAUUGUCGAAUUUAUCCCGACAAUAUGUCUUACUGGUGCACAAAAACCUGUGGAAGAUGUUGAUCAGUUGCAUGAUGGCAGUGUUUUCUGUGUAUGUUGUAUUAGUUAUCAAUGGAAGAAAUUUGGGCGAUAAAUUCAUGAUAUUUGUUGCAGAAGGAAAGAGAUAAUAAAAAGAAGU